AAUAUAACAACAAGAAGUUGAGACGUGUCAGAUGCUCUUGCUCCGAUCAAAAUCUCAAACUCAGAAUUCAGUCGUCUUCUUCACCUGCCUUCCUUCUCUAUCACAGAUUCCAAUUUAUCAUGAACUGCGAGGUCUGCCAGCUUAAAGAAUUGGAAGUGGAACACUUCGAGAUACGUGAAGUCCUGCGCUGUAUUCUACACACAAUAUUAUUCCACAGGGCAUUAGGUCUUGUUCGGCCUAAAGAUGUUGAUCUUCAACUGUUUGAAAUAACAUAUGUGCAAUGCGGUGAUAUUGGUCUAGAGAAGAAAGUGGAUGAGAAAAUUGACCAGUUCAUUGAGAGGGUUGAGAAACACCCAAACAAAAAAAAUCAGAUAUGUUUAUCAUUCUACGAAAUGAAAAAAACACAGGCAACAUGGUUCAGUAACAAAGUAGAGCGGCUAUACUGGGAACAGUGGUACAUAAAUUUGAAUGUAGUGCAACAACCAAAAUCUCAAUCUGGCAAAUCUCACCAUUCAAAUGUAAUGAUAGAUUCGGGAGAGACAGCAGUAGAAGAAAGAAGCGUUCGCCAGGCAGCAUUGGAGGCUUCUCUUUGUGAAGUGCUGUUUCAGAUAAUAAAAUUUUCUAAUGAAAAAAGGGAACACGUUCCUCCUAUACCAAAUCUCGACGGUGUUUGCUUUCCCUACGAGAUUACGAUUUCAAGCUCAUCUGAUUCAGCAUUUGGAAUGGACAUGCUUAAGAGGAUGCUCCAGACAGGACAUCCUACUAUGCUUAGCUGAUUUAUGAAAAUGUCGAUCUGAUUUAUGAAAAUGUCGACACGUCAAGAGAACGCGAACCUAGAAUAAUUUUUUUUAUUUUUUAAGGAAGUUGCUGUUAUUUGUAAAUAUGAAUUUGAUAUAAGAUUUAGUUUUUGUUAUGUUAUCUCCUUUUUUUUUGUUUCUCACUGUCGGGUCAAUUGCCUUCUCGAAGAACAGUCAGUUUGUGGCAAUGACUAGACGACGACAGUGGGGUUACCACUAAAGCUUUUAAAUCUGUUUGAUUAAGAGUUCUUAUUGUUAAUCUUAUGACUAAUUAUAACUUUCAGUGGUGUUAGGCUGCUUUUUUAAAUAAGUGUUAUCAUUAAUAUCUUUUAUAUGUAUUGAAAAUUUGAUUUUAUU